AUGGCUUAUCAAACAAGUCAAGGGGAUGGAUUUGAUCAAAGUACCCCUUGGAGGGUACAGGAGUACAGUUACCCACAACCUGACAGAUCCGAGAAUGAAGCAGCUACGCCCAGAACACCGGGGUUGACUGAACAGAGUGUUACAUCUGAUGAACAAUCUACAGACUUUUUGCCGUCAAUUCCAACAAACCCCAAUGCCUAUACAACAUCCCAAGCUGACUAUGAUCUCGAUUAUGAUGCAACUCCAAAGCCAGUGUACGCCUCCCCGGCUUCGGACCAUGAUUACUACAUACCUCCGGAUCCCAGAGUCCAAAACUAUAGUACAGCUUCUACCAAUCAUUCGAGCUCGACUUGGUCAUCCGGAUACCCUCCUUCGGACAACGCUACAUGGCAAUUAAACACGGAUGUAGCUUCGCCAUCCAUUGAUGCCACAGCACGUGCAUUUGAUGAUAUGUCAUUAGCAACACCGCAUAUUCCGCCUACAGAAGCAUUUGAUCCUGAGGUGAGUCGGGCAAUCGGAAAUCCAAAGCAUAUCUUCAAAGCCCCAAACACCGGCAAUGCCGAAACUUUGGAUCCCAGAUAUAAAGUCUAUGGUGGAUUUCGUCUACAAGACGACUUUUGGAAGGUGGGCCGCGUGUUCAUGAUGUUGUGGACUGAGCCUGCACAGCCAAAGGUUCCGGAAAACGGAGGGACACGCAAUGGGUCUCACUUCAGCACUACGUUUCUUGGACAACAAGCAUAUAGUGAGAUUCGAAGGUUUGUGGUAGUAAUAAAGGGUUAUGGGAAUUCUGUUUGCUGUCCUAUACAAACAUACUCUGGGCAAGCGACGCUCAAGCCCAACCUUCCGGCUCCUCGUCGACAUACAAUCAUACAUACAACACCACAGGCUCCAAAACAACUCAGCUAUUUGGCCAAUGACGGUCAAUCGAUAUCCGAGGAUCUCGUCUUGGAUCCUAUUCAGGUCAAUAGCGAACGAACCCAUGAGCCCGAGGGUGAAUUAAACUUAUUGAGUCGAUUAAAUUACAGCAAGGUAUAUACUGUAGAGCACUAUGUCCGUGUUCUAAAUAUUGGUAUGGUAGCCAGCAAUUCGAUUAGCACCUUUCUCGAUCAGUCAGGCUGGACUCAAGGUGUCCAGCCAGCCGAAUCACACCGUCCUCGUUCGAAUCUUCCACCCAAAAGGACAUCUGGUCAUUCUUCCAGCAAUCAUAGGAGCCGCCACUCUAAUAAGCAUAAAUAG